AGAGCGCAGGGAACCCAGCUCACGGCUCGCAGCCGUCUUGCAGCAGAUGUGAUGACACGGGUGGGACUGCCCUGCCCUGCAAGCUGAGCGAGCCACCGGGGCUGCCUUCCUACACACCACGCUCUUCUCAUCUCUGCCUCCUGCUUCCUUUCCACCACCUCUGCCGCUUCCUCAGCAACCCUGCAGCACUGACCCAGACCUGCUGCUGAGGAAGGAUGGCAGAAGGCCAGCCACACUUAAGUAUUCAGAUGUCAGACUUGAAUACAAAUGGCACCCCCAGCAGAAAGCAGUCCUCUGCAGACUUAGCUGUUAGGGGAGGAAGCGUACUCACUUUCCACAGCAUCUCCUACCACGUGAAGAUGAAGACUGGGUUCCUGUGUUAUCAAAAAACAGCUGAUAAAGAAGUUUUGAGAGAUGUCAAUGGCAUCAUGAGACCAGGACUGAAUGCAAUUUUGGGACCCACUGGCAGUGGUAAAACUUCUCUGCUCGACAUUUUGGCUGCAAGGAAGGAUCCCCAGGGGCUUUCUGGUGACAUUUUGAUCAACGGAGCUCCUCAGCCUGCCAACUUUAAAUGUACCUCUGGAUACGUAGUACAGGAUGAUGUGGUGAUGGGAACCUUAACUGUAAGAGAAAAUUUGAAGUUCUCAGCAGCAGUCCGUUUGCCAAAGUCAGUGAAGGAAUAUGAAAAAAAUGAACGAGUGAAUCAGAUCAUCAAGGAACUGGGUUUGAGUAAAGUGGCAGAUUCCAAGGUUGGCACCCAGUUCACUCGCGGGGUGUCUGGAGGAGAGCGCAAAAGGACCAAUAUUGGGAUGGAGCUCAUCAUAGAUCCUGACAUCUUGUUUUUGGAUGAGCCAACUACAGGACUUGAUGCCAGCACUGCUAAUGCUGUUCUACUGCUACUGAAAAGGAUGGCAAAUCAAGGUAAAACUAUAAUCUUCUCCAUCCACCAGCCUCGGUACUCCAUAUUCCGACUGUUUGACAACCUGACACUGCUGGCUGCAGGGAGGGUGCUGUACCAUGGCCCCACUCAGCAUGCCAUGGAUUACUUCCAGUCUGUCGGCUACGAGUGUGAGCCAUACAACAACCCUGCUGACUUUUUCUUGGACAUCAUUAAUGGAGACUCCACUGCAGUGGCACUGAGCAAGACCAAUGAAACUGAGACAGCAGAGAGCACUGAAGAACACACUGAAUAUGAUUUAACCUUGGCUGAGAAGUUAGCAGAAGAAUACUUCAACUCUGCCUACUACCAGGAAACAAAAGCUGUAUUAGAGAGUAUUUCUUCAGGAAAUAAAAAGAAAACAAAAGCAGUUUUCCAGCAAAUCACGUAUGCCAACUCCUUCCUUCAUCAGCUGAAAUGGGUGUCCAAGCGCACAUUUAAAAACCUGAUAGGAAACCCUCAAGCUUCCAUAGCUCAGCUGUGUGUUACGGCUUUCCUUGGCCUGGUUAUAGGUGCUAUUUUCUUUGGACUUCAAGAGGACUCUACUGGACUGCAGAACAGAGUGGGUGCAAUGUUCUUUCUGACAACCAACCAGUGUUUCAGCAGCAUCUCAGCUAUUGAACUCUUUGUUGUGGAAAAAAAGAUAUUUAUACAUGAAUAUAUCAGUGGAUACUACAGAAUAUCUGCAUAUUUCAUCUCAAAACUAAUGGCUGAUUUAAUACCCAUGAGGACUAUACCAAGCAUCAUCUUCUCCUGUAUAAUUUACUUCAUGUUAGGUUUGAAACCAACAGUAGAAGCUUUCUUUACAAUGUUGUUUACCCUUAUGAUGGUGUCCUACACAGCCACUUCUAUGGCACUAGCUAUUGCAGCAGGAGAGAGUGUGGAUGCUGUAGCAAACCUGCUCAUGAUGAUCACAUUUGUUUUUAUGACUAUUUUCUCUGGGUUGCUGGUCAACCUCAGAAGCAUCGUGUCCUGGCUCUCCUGGCUCAAAUACUUCAGCAUCCCUCGAUAUGGAAUGACAGCUUUACAAAUCAAUGAAUUGACUGGUCUGAACUUUUGCAGCAGCAACAACACCACAAAUUUAAUCAGCAACAAUAACUAUCCACAGAUGAGCCAGCUGUGGUGUUUUGGAGAGGAAUAUCUGAAAAAUCAAGGCAUUGAUGCGAGUAGCUGGGGCCUGUGGCAGAACCACCUGGCUCUUGCCUGCAUGACCAUAAUAUUCCUUACCAUCGCAUACCUGAAACUGCACUUCAUGAAGAAGUUUUCUUAAAACCAGAAUGAAAACCACAGUUCCCACUAUUCAGUAGUUUGAUAAACUGUGAUCCGACUUGAUUCUUUUUUAAGAGACCUUCCUUUGUACUGUUGUUUAUGAUUACACAAAUCAACAAUGUGAAUGCCAUUCUUGUAUAUCAAAUACUUAGUAUUAAAGUACUUUGCUGAUGUGUAGCAUUCCUCAGUUCUCUUUGCCAGAAAAAGGAUACAACUAUUCAUUUCUUCAAGAGACCCUUCAGACUUUCUGCAUGUUCUAGCUGUGAAUUUGUUAAACAAUGAAAUUAGUAUUUAAUGGCUUAACCUGAAAACCAAAACUAAUGGUUCAUUCUUUUAAUUAGCACCUACACUCACUGGCAAGCCAACUUUUACUUUGCUUUUACUUUAUGUCUCCAGAUUCCUUUCAGAAUGGUUUAAUUUCUUCUUAGGGUCUUAGAUAUUUUUUCUGCAAGGGAGGAUGCUCAUGGGCUCUCUGGAUGAUAAAUGUACCUCUGGAUAUGCAGCAGAGGUAAAUACCUGCCUUUGCUGUUUAUGACCUCCAAGGGACAUAUUCUGCAUUAAAAUUAACUGAGUCAUUCCAUGGAGACUUGAGCUCAGAUGUCAGGUAUUAAGCUUACUGUAAUAAACCUCUGUAAACUAGUUUCCAUAGCUCAGUAUCUAUAUACAAAUAUGUGGAGAAUAUCUUUCCAUAUACUGAGAUACAGAUAAUUUACAUACAUGGAAUUCUCCUAUCUCACAUCCCAUAAUUCCAUGGAAAGGAUUUGGUUUAGGCUUAAACAACACAGCAUUUAGGACAGCCUGACUGGGUUAGAUAUAUCUUGAACAUGUCACUUAUUUGCUUUUUCUCAAGUGUCUCUUCUGCUUGAGAUCUGGGAGAACAGUCACAGUAUUACCCUGUUUUGUGAGAUGUGACCCUAACCGGCUUUCUCUCUGCUUUGUUUUUAGGAUUUAGCCAAUCUCUAUUUUCACCUGCUUCAUUUAUAUUGUUAUAUUUUGUAAAUAAUAUAUAUGAUUUUUUUUAAAUAAAGAGAUCCCAAAUAUUUCUGGAAGGCA